AUGUCUUUUGUCAUGUUUUUAUUUUGUUUUGAGCUUUCAGCCACUUCGGAACAGGCAUGGAACCAGCAGGCAAUAUAGCCAACCUAGAAUACGAGUGGAGUGCAAAGUUUUUGAUGUUGUCGUUCGUGAUCAUCGUCGAGGAACGUUCGCCGCGGUAGGAAAGAUUGGGAGAGGUAACUUCAUAGGUUAGAUUUCAGCAUGCGGCAUUCACGGAUUUUAUGUAUUAGUUUAUAAUGAGAGUUGGAGAGCAAUAUUUGUAUUGGAAAAAAGGCAAUUUUAACAAAUGGAAUAUUUAAAAUUAGAUUUCGACGAGUUUUUCGCCUCUGAAUUUGGAGAGCAGAAUUCACCCAACAAUCAAGACACUUCAAACAACAUUCUCUCUCUGAAGAAGAGAAUAAUUCUUACAGAUGAGUUACUGGGUAAAUUUAGUGAAGCAUUGACUGAAAAUGAACAAUUAAGAGCAGAGAAAAAUAUAAAUCUUGAACAACUGCAAAACUAUAGGCAAAGAUUGUUCACUCAUUUAUCUUCAAAAGAAGACUGGGAGAAGAAGUAUGAGCAAUUGGAGGAAAGAUUGCUUAACGUUCAAAAACAACUGGAUAUACAAAUUAACAUAGUUGCAGCCCGUGAUUCGAUUGUACGGCAGUAUGAGUGUUUGACAAAGGAAAAUGAGGGACAAAUCAAAAAACUUAAAGCUGAAAAUGAUGGUCUGAAAAAGCAAAAUAAUACUUCUGAAGAAAAGUCAUUGAGGAGAAAAUACAAUGUAAAAUUAAAACAAUGGCGUGAACUAAGUGAAAUUAUUAAAAAACUGCAAACUUGCUCAGCUUGUCAGAAAUUGAAAUCUAGUAAGAAUGUGAAGAAGAAGCAGAAGAAUGAAAAUGAUCUUGAUCUGGGGAGUUUCUCUCCAGAUAAUGGAAUUCCUGCAAGUGUUUGCUCUAUGGAUACAGGGUUUGAAUCUAAUCUUUCUGAUAGUGAUUCUGAUUUAGAAAGUGUUUCUCAGAAAAUAAUACCAAAGAGUGCAGAUAUGGUAAAUAAUGACAAAGAGACUUUUCUCAGAACUGAUGAACCAUGUGGUGCUGAAAAAAUUGUUAAUGAAAAGUUGUGUGAUAAUUCAGCUACACUCUCAUCGAAGAAAAUAGAUACAAAAUAUGAUAAAAAGAUGAAUGGCAAUGAAAAUAGUGAUGAUAAAAGAUUGCAUCAACUGUCUAUGAAUAGUGAAAAUUUGCUGUCUACUUUCUGUGCAAAUUGUUUGAAAAAUGAAAAAGUUGUUGCUGAAAAAUAUGUGCAAACAAGAAUUGUGAAAUAUGUGGAUUCAUACACUGAAGUAGACUUUGAUGUUGUUUGCAAAGGUACUCAGACUGUGGAGACAGAAGCUGUAUCUGACAGAAGAUGUGUGGUUCUUUCAAGAAGCACACAAACAAUUUCUGUUACUUCACAAUCUGAGCAACAAGUGUCUACAGUGACACAAGUUCAAAGUGAAACAAAUUUUAAAAGCAAUAUUCCUUUCUCUAACAAGCAAACAUUGAAGAAUGAUGUUACUGAGGCCCAAGGGAAAGGAAAAUUGCUGUUGCAGGCUGAUGUAGGCUGUCAAACUGAAGAGGAAAGCAAACUGAAGUUGUUUAAAGAUCAAUCUGUCAACACUGAUGAUGAUUUGCUACCUUUUGAUACCGAUUUCAGAGAAUCGUUGUCUCCUGUACCUGAUCCAUUGUCGCCUCUUCCACCAAGUCCACUUGACGACUUUUCAGAGAAUGAAAUGGAUGAUACUGUUAUGUCAGACUCAUCCUUGUCAUUAAAUGAAGAAAGUACUGUGGAUAAUGUGGUAGACCAGUCAUCUGUCAAAGUUAUUCAGUUUUCAGAAUCAGCAACACAGACAGAGGGUGUGUGUUGUUCUUGUAAACAACAAAGAAAGAAUUCUUAUUUAGAUGCUGCUACACAGUGCAAUUUUGAUCCAGAAAACAAUUCUACUGGUUCAAAAUAUAAAGCAAAUAAAAUCACAGUCAAUAAAUAUGCUAAGAAACAUAAAGAACAAACUUCGACUUUAUCUAUGUGGGGGUGUGUAUCACCAACAAAAAUAACUGAUGUAGAUGAUGGAGAAAAGUUUUGGAGAAAGUUAAUUCUCUGGCUAAUCGCAAAUGAUGGAAAAGAUUUUGCAGAAAAGCAGAGAAUUAUUAAUUUAUUGCGAGAGAGGAAUGAUUUUCUUACUUCUGAACAGUCUGAUAAUUCAGGUUCUGAAAUACAGAGUCAUUUAGGGCAGAUUAUGUUUCAGAGGAAAUCUGAAAAUUUUCAGCAAGGCUUGCAUAGAUGCAUCUUAUCUGAUUCUUUACCUUUAGACAGUUCAUCAGUGAAACCAAUAGUUGUGGAAAUGAACAGUAAUCCUAGGAUACAGAAAUCAGUGCAAAACAGUGAGUUUCCAUUUGAUUGUCAUCAAAAUUUAAGAAAUAGUGAUUCUGAAGAUGGUUGUGAGAGUGUUGAUGAUGGAAAAUCAAGAAAAAGUGAAAGAUAUCCGCACUUAAAAAGGACAGAUCAUGAGAAAAUUCUAAAAUCAAAAACAUCAAUGUUCUCUCAGUGUAAAAAGAAAUAUAAAAGAGUAACCCGGUGCUCAUUGAAAAGAAAAUUGUCAUCUAGUGAGCAGUUGCAAAUAUCAAAUUCACCUUCUGGUGUAUUUACUGUGUCUUCUCUUCAUGAAUACGAUAGAGGAAGAGAAUUAAAUGAACAGUUCAUGUUUUCACAACCUCGUAAUAAGAGUCUUGGUGGUUUCAACAUUGAAAGUGAUGGACACGAAUCAUAUGAUGAAUUAGAUAUUGCCACUAAUGAACAGACUUCAGAUACAUCUGAAAUGGUUCUUUAUGAUAUCACAAGCAAUAUAAUUCCCUUAGCUAAUAGUAUUUCCAAUGUAACAAAUUCUAACAGUGUGAAGGCAAGUUCUUUAAAAACAAGCUCAACAUUGGCAAAAGAAAAAUUGUCUAGUUGCCUCAAUUUAGUUGAAAAAGGAGUACCGUCUUCUUCAUCUGUGACCAACACAUUGUCUUCUGUGGCAAAGCUGGGAUUAUGUGCCUCUUAUAACGUAAGGCCUCUAGAAGAUAAAAGUGAUCCUCAAUUUGAAACUUCUCAAAAUAAUUAUGAAGAGCAUCAAGUACCUAAACAUGAUAAGAUGAUUUCUACCAAUUUGUGUAAUCAAGCUCUCAGAAAUUGUAAUGAAAUUUCAACAUAUUUGAAAAAUCAACCAAUUGCUGUACUUCAAAGUGUAGGGCAGUUGGUUAAAGGGAGUUGUUCAGAACAACUUAGUUCUUCUCAAUCAUCACAAUCUAGUAAAGGAAGCUUUCAUUCCUGUGAUACGUUUGUUUCAUUUCAAGCAGAACAAAUAAAGGAUAGUCUGCAAGAUAAAUUGAAUUUUGUAGAUGAUGAACAGGUAGCAAGUUGUGAUGAAGAUGAUAAAUGCAGCCCCGCAAAGAUCAGAAGACUGCCAUCAUCUAAUGAUGAUAUUUCCAAUGCAUCCAGUAAUGUUGAUAAAUUGUCAGAUAGAACUGCAUACAAUUUUAGUGAUACACUUCCAAAAAAUACAAAAUUUCCACAAGGAAAAUUUUCAGGCAGUCAGCAUGACAUGCACACUAUUGACCAAAGAAAUUAUAAUAAUCCUUUGUUGUACAAAACUGAAGUUUGUUCUGCUCAAAAUAAAAAUUUAAAAGAAGUAACUGAAAAUUUGCUUCAUCCACUUGAUAAGAAUCCCCCUAGUAGAAGGAGGAGUAGCAACAGUAGUAAUAAUAGUAUUAGUAAUAUUUCAUUUGGGAAAAAUAUUACCUUUAGUAAGGUAAAACAUUCUGUGGAGGAAAUUGCAAUUGUGAAGGAUAAAGUGGAUAAAAUUGUGGAAGAGGACGAGAACUGUACCUCCCCUCUAUCUCAAAGUAUUUCCUGUGGUUAUGUUAGAAGUGAAAAAGUUAAUAAGGGUGAUAACAAAUAUAUCAGCAGUGAUGAGGAUGAUGACAGUUACCAUAAAAAUGAUGAAAAUGAAGAUGAUGAAAAUAGCGAUCAUAGUUAUGGAAGCAAUAAUACCACACACAAUAUAAUUGAGGAGCAAAAUAAAAACUUAAAGGAAGUUAAUGAAAAUUUGCUGCAUCCGAUUGAUAAGACUUCCGCUAAUAGGAGGAGGAGGAGGAGUAGCAGCAACAGUAGUAAUAGUAGUAUUAGUAAUAUUUCACUUGGGAAAAAUAUUACUUCUAGUCAGGUGAACCAUGCUGUGGAGGAAAUUGUAAUUGUGAAGGAUAAGGUGGAUAAAAUUGCGGGAGAUGACGAGAACUGUGCGUCCCCACCCUUGCAAAAUCAAUCUCAAAGUGUUUCUUAUGGUUGUGUUAGAAGUGAAAAAGUUAAUAAUGAUGAUAACAUUUAUAUCAGUAGUGAUGAGGAUGAUAAUUACCACAAAGAAGUUGAAUAUGAAGAUAACGAAAAUAGUGAUCAUAGUUAUGGAAGCAAUAACACACAUAAUAUAAUGGAGAAGCAAAACACACAGAAUGUUGAAAAUUGCUUAGAACUAUUUUCAGACAAACGUGGUUGUGAAAGUGUGUCUAAAAACAAUAUCCAUGAAGUUUCACCAAGAAACCUUCAGAGCAAUAAGAUUAGUAGUUCUUCUAAUUUACAGACAAGUUCUUCACAAGAAAGUAUUUCGUAUAAUUCCAAAACUAAAACAUCCAACAGUGAAUCCCAAGAAAAAAGUUUUAAAAGUUUUUAUAAAUCUUCUAAUAUUGCAGGAGAAAUUACUUCUUGUGCAAAAGAAAUUGUUAAUAUCCCCUCUAAUAGGACCUUGCCUUAUCGGAAAUAUUGUGAAUCUACGAUUAAAGAAUUGGUUGUGGUGAAACCUCCACCUGUGGAGAAUGAAAUUGCUCGGAAGAAUAUGAUUAGAGAUACUGUUAUAGCUAAGGGACUUUUAAUUCCAGCAAAAGCCAAAAAGUUAGUGAAAGAAAGUAAAGCAAUAGAUACUUCCCAAACAUCAAAUAAAGAGAAAAAUUUGGAGAAGCAGUCUUUAGGAAGUCUUGAUGAGUCAUCUCCAUUUUGCAGACAGGGAAUGACUGGGAGGAGAAAAAUUGUCCGUACUUCAUUUGCAACUUGCAAUUCUGAAGCAAGCAUAAAUCCUGAAAAUUCUGAAAGUAGUUCAUAUUCUGAGUUAACCAAAAAACAUCAAAGAAUAGCCCAUAUGCCUAAAAAAGAUUUAACGUUCAAUAAAAGAAUUGGUGAAGAAUCGUCUUGUGAUGAAACACCUCAGAAAACUGCAGAGCAUCAGGCAGAUGUGCUACAAAGAUCAUGCCAGAAGCCACCUAGGAAGAAAACUAAACUUCAGAAAUUGAAACAACAGUAUAUUUCACAAAGAAGGCUUAUUAGGGUUUCAGCUUCAGAUAAAAAUUGUUUGAAACAAACUAUAAAUAAGUCUAAAACUGACUGUACAAGACAGACCAAAUGUGAAGAGUCAGUUGAUGUAAAUGUUUCUGGUCGCAGCCCCUCCCUUCAGGAUAUUGCUCUUGACAUGAUGUUGAGUGAUAGUGAUGAAAGUACUAAUGGGAAAAAUCAGGAGGAAAGGCAACAUAAAAACAUUGUAGAACAUUGUAUUUUACAAAGAAGUCAUUUUCGGGGUUCAGCAUCAGAUAAAAGUUGUUUGAAACCAACUCUAAAUGAGUCUGACUCUGACUGCACCGGACAGACCAAAUGUGAAGAGUCAUCUGUUGUAAAUAUUCCAGCCCUUCAAGAUAUUGCUUGUGACAUGAUGUUGAGUGAUAGUGAUGAAAGUACUAGUGGAAAAUAUCAGGGAGAAAGACAAUACACAAACAUUGUAGAGAAUUUAACAAGUUCAUUUGGGAAAGAGGGGGUAAAUAUUGAAGAAGGUAAUAAGAUGACUAAUAACCAAUUUCAACUUGUAUGUCAUUCUAAACAAGAUAGUAGAAAUUUACUAUUGGGCAAAAAUCAUUUGAUAAAAGGUACACAAACAUCUUUGGGAAGCAUAAUAAAAGAACAAAAAUAUGAAAAUCAGGAAGUUAGGUGUUCAAGUUCCAAAUUUUGUCAAAUAAAUGACACUUGGGAAAUUGAGUCUACAAAUGAUAAAGACAUAGAAAGAAUAGAUCCUGAAGAUGAAGUUAAUAGUCAUACAGUUCUUGAAUCUCCACUGUCUCCACCUGAUAUAAGUUGUGAGAUUGAUUUUCAAGGACCUAUAACAAUACCUACAAGCCCUGUAAAUACAUGUGCAUCUGAAAAUGAAGAUGUCACAUCCAUAGCACCUGAUGUCAUUGGUCAAAAGGUUAAAAAUGUAGUAGUAGAAGGUACCUGGUUAGGAUAUUCUAGCAAUACAGAGAAUGAAGGUAAAGAAAAAAUCAAAUUGUGUCCUUGGAGUGAACAAUUGAACUGCAGACCAAAAGGAAGCCAGGAGCCCAAUAUGUUCCAAAAAUUUUUUGAGCAUCACUCUAAGGAGCUUAAGGCGAUUGAGAAAAACGCAAGUAACAAGCAGAAAUUGAAGAAUUACUCAGGCAACCCAAAACAAUGGCGUUCACAAAUACUAGCCCACUUCAAUGAAGGAGGCCGACACUUGGUUCGAAUAGAUUGCAACACACGACACCGAGCGUUGCGGCUGGGGAGUCCUCAUGACGAUAAAAAGCAAAAAUUGGAAUUACCAUUUAAUAUAUACUUAGAAGAAGAGUUUACGGAAAGGUCUUUAACAAAAAUUGUGGAAGAUUGCAAGAAAAUAGUUAAAGGAGAUUAUAGAAUCAUUGUAAAGCAUGUUGUGAAGCACUGCAGAUACUCAUCUGCAGAGGCUUGUGAUUUUACAGUUAAUUUUCCACUGAGUCCUACACAGCGGCGUCUUUUUGCAUUGGUUCUCAAACUGGAAAAUGAUCAUCCAACUAUCAUAAAUGAAGUAUUGGAGAGGAUCACAUAUGUUGUGUGCAACAAAAGACAUCAUCAAAGUAUGCCUACAUUGCGUUGUUUGGCUCGAUUUUUCACUGCGUUUUGCAAGAUGCGUAAUUAUAAAGAGAAAGCACAAAUAUUUUGCUAUGAUGCUCUUUUCUGCUUAAAAGUGCAUGCUUAUACCGUUUUACUUGCAGUUCUAACUGCUUUUCCGGAGUGCUUUCCCAAUGCAACUAGUAGAGCAGGAAAUUCUCUGAUAGUUCAAGCGAUGGUAUAUUGCAUUUUCAAAUAUGGUAGUAAUGAAUAUUCUGACACAAAGAAUCUGAGGAGUUUCAUGAUGGAUUUCUUUUCUUAUAAGUUUGAAAGUGUUGCUGACUUUGAAAAUGUGGAAUAUUUUGUAAAGGAAAUCAAACGUGGUGGUUUACCUGAAUUGGAGCUAGCCAUUCUACUUGUGGUCAAAUUCAAAGCUAAUUGGUCAUGGACAUAUGGAAAAUUAAUAAAAAAUUCCUUAUUACCUACUUUUGAGAGUUGGAGAGAAGGUCUUGUCAGUGAAAAUUCUGCAGCAUGGUGUAUAAAAUUAUGUGCUUAUUUGGCAAAAACUCCACCUUUUGAGAAACCAGAUGUCUGUGAUUUACUGACAUUGUUUGGAAAUUAUCUGAAUUUGGAAACAACUCCAUCUGUCAUCAAGGAGGCCUGUGUAUUCAGUGUAGCUGCACUUGUACAUAUAAAUGAGAUGAAAGUAUUAACUAUUUUGAAGAAGUGCGAAACAGGAAAUUGCCUAGAAAAUUCCAGAUGUUUGCAAGAUGUACUGCGAGUAGUUCUGAAAAAGAGAGGAAUGAAGUGGUGGUCCAAAUUCUUCUUUCGCCAUGUGGAAAUUGAUAAAAAGAAGAAGAAAAAGAAGAAUAAAAGAAGUGGCUGGAAAGUAAAUUCAGGGAAUGAAUUUAGUGUUCUUAACAAAGUUUGAGAGGUUUUCUGAUUUCUUUCUGGAUAUUGCAUGUGCUAAUUUUUUCCCCUUAGAUUAUGUUAAUUUUCCCAUGAAGUUAAGAGAGAUUUCUGAAUUUUGCAUUAUGUUAACUUGAAAAAUUUGAUUAUUCAACCUGUCUAAAACAAAGGGUAUGCAAAUCCUUAUGAUCUUUUUGUGGUUAUAGUGCUGAUUUGUGGAAGUGGUGUUUCACUAUUUUAUUCAAGAUAUUGUUAUUAUUAGCGAUGAAAGAAAGCAUCUUUUUGCAAGAAUACAGUUCAUUUUUAUUUCUAUUUAAAUUGUGAUUGGUGUAUAUAUAAGAGUAGUAGAAUAGAAGCAAUGUACAAAAUGUGUGAUUGUGGAACUGAAGUAUUUGGUGUUUUGAUAGUUGCAUAAAAGACAUGUACAGUUAUGGAUUUAUAGUUUAUUUUAGGUAAUUAACACCUUGUAUGUGUUACAUUUCUUUCAAAGGUUUGGUAUUGUAGAAAUACAUUUGAUUUGAUUCAGUAUUAAAAGAGGAAAGUCACUUCUCCACAACUUAACAUUUUCACCCCAUCAAAUAAAAUGUUUAACAUACAUGUAUGGUAUUACAUGUGAAGUUUGUAUAUUUAAUGUUACACCGAUAACUUAACGUCCACUCUUCUUAACAGGUUGGCAGUGUUAUUGUUAGCAAGGAAGAUAUGCCAAGUUUUUGUAUUAUGAAACUAUGUAUUUUUAAAAUGUUUUCUGUAAUUUAAUUGCAUUGGCAUUAGUACUAUUUGCAAUUUGACUGCAUCAUGGGAGUUGCGUUAAUAUGUUCAAUAAUAGAGACAGCAUGCUUACUUUGAAAAUGUUGAUAUUAAAUGCCAAGUAGUGAAGAGUUGGCUUUGAAUUUUGAAGUAUAGAACAAAGUGGUGAGGUAUGGAAGUUGAAAUGAAUCAUUUAUUCUUUUGUGCCAUACCUUUUAACUUCAAGUUUUAGUAAAUGUAAUCUGUCUGAGUAAACACGCUUUUCUAAUUCUUUGAAGAAUUGCAUAUUGAUUAUUGGAUCGACUUUUCACUUGACAUAUCUGAAUUUGGAAAAUGUCACUUGUGGUAAAUUCCAUCAAUAUUACAUUCAAAAUUAUGAAAUAUUUCUACGUUUGGUUAAGAAAUUAUUUUAGCUAGACACCUGAUCAAAAAGUCUAAUUAGUAUUUUAGGAAUCUUUUUCAGUGUCUUUUCAAGCAAAGAAUGUAAUCCCAAGAUCAAUUAUAUAACCUUUGAUAAAUGUGUAGUGGUGUGAUGUUGAUUUACACUUUAUUUCACAGAACAACAUGAGUUUUGUGGCCUGAUUUGAAUACUUAUCCUUUUUGUCUUUUUGCAUAUCGUUAGCUGAUAAUACUUGUGUUGAAAAAGCGAAUGACACAAAGUACCUUAAACCAUAUUCAAGUUAUUGAAACAACAUGUAGUAAGAAGAUCAGUAAAUUUAUUGUAUAUGUGUAAAUAUAAUUUGUUUAAAAAAAGUAGUAAUAAUUCUUCUAAUAGAUGAUAAAUGUAGCAUGGAUAAUAAAAUACGGAAAAUCUUGUUUUUCCUUUUAAAUUCUCUGUGCUUCAAUGUACAAAUUUUGAAAAUAAGUAUUAUAUUUGAAAAUAAAAUUUGUAUACAAAUAAAUUUCUUCAAAUUAUUGCUGUUUCAAUAUUUAACACAAGUUUCCGGCAUUAAAUUGAAUUUAUGAGGGACAAGACCCAUGUUUUCUAGAAAGUUGAAAUGUGAACAAUCUUAAUAAUUCUAAUGACAAAAUUUAUAAUUUUUGAAAACCCUUCUACAUUAAUGACAAAUUGCAAUUUUCUUGAGUACAGAUUAUGAACAAGUCUUUUUAUGUGUAUAUGUGGACAAGUUAUUUAUGCACCAAGGGCAUUAUAAGGGUUCUAAUGCCUGAGGGGUUUUUGUCUGAGAUAAUUAGAACCAGUUAAGGCCCAUGGUACAUACAUGAUUUUAUUUUUUAAUUAAAUUUAUUGAUUCAGAUUUA